GAUUGCGAAAGUGUGGUGGCAACUGCAGCUGAUAUUGAACCAGCUGCAGAGGUGCAUUUCGUCCCGACUGCGUAGUGCCUUUAUCUUGUAGUGGCACUAAUUUUUGCUUUGGGCAUCCAAAUAAAACCCAGCAGCUGCAGCAAUGUCAAACCAGGGUAAACUCGUGCUGGAAAACUACGUUGGUGGAAAGUUCUUGCCAUGCAGCAAACACAUAGAUUCAUUCAACCCUUCUACUGGAGAAGUUUAUUGCAGAGUGCCGGACAGUGGAGCUGAAGAGGUGGAGGCUGCAGUGACAGCAGCCAAAGAGGCGUUUCCUAGCUGGUCAGCGAAGAGUCCAGCAGAGAGAGCUCGGCUGCUGAAUAAACUGGCUGACUUGCUGGAGGCUCGUCUGGAGGAGUUUGCCCAGGCUGAGUCUAAAGACCAGGGGAAGACGAUAACCGCUGCCCGAAAUGUUGAUAUCCCUCGUGCUGUAUAUAACUUCAGAUACUUCGCCUCAUCCAUCCUGUACCACACUACAGAAUGCAGUCAGAUGGACCACAUGGGCUGCGUUAAUUACACCAUCCGCUGCCCGGUGGGAGUGGCUGGUCUGAUCAGUCCAUGGAACCUGCCCCUGUACCUCCUCACCUGGAAGAUUGCACCAGCCGUUGCUCUGGGCAACACUGUGGUGGCUAAGCCCAGUGAGAUGACCUCAGUCACCGCCUGGAUGAUGUGUCAGCUACUGGAGGAGGCCGGUUUUCCACCUGGUGUGGUCAACAUCGUGUUUGGGACUGGUCCGCGUGCGGGUGAUGCUCUGGUGGCCCACCCUGAUGUGCCUUUAAUAUCAUUCACCGGCAGCACAGCUACAGCCAGAGUAAUAACAGAGCGCAGCGCCCCCUACUGUAAGAAGCUCUCGCUGGAACUUGGUGGCAAAAACCCUGCUGUUGUAUUCGCUGAUGCUGACCUGGAGGAGUGCAUCAGAACCACCGUGCGCUCCAGCUUCUCCAAUCAGGGAGAGAUCUGUCUGUGUACCAGCAGGAUCUUUAUUGAGCGGAGUAUUUACCCACAGUUCCUGGCAAAGUUUGUGGACGCGGCUCGACAGUGGAAAACUGGCGUGCCCUCUGACCCCUCCAACAACAACGGUGCACUAGUGAGCAAGGAGCACUUGGAGAAGGUCAGAGGCUAUGUGUCGUUGGCACGGGCAGAGGGAGCCCAGGUGCAUUGUGGGGAGGGUGUCGACACUCUUAACUUGCCACCGCAAAAUGCGGGUGGUUAUUUUAUGCUGCCCACCGUCAUCACCGGGGUAAAAGACUCCUCCCGAGUGAUGCAGGAAGAGAUAUUCGGCCCUGUCACCUGCCUGACCCCCUUUGACCAGGAAGAAGAAGCGAUAGCAAGGGCUAACGGCGUGCGCUAUGGCCUGGCAGCCACGGUGUGGUCGCGGGACGUGGGGCGAGUGCACCGGGUUGCUAGGCAACUGCAGGCUGGGAUGGUGUGGACCAAUUGCUGGAUGAUCAGAGAUUUGAACCUCCCGUUCGGGGGCAUGAAGUGUUCAGGCAUCGGGAGAGAAGGAGGGAAAGACUCCUAUCACUUCUUCACGGAGGUCAAGAGUAUCACAGUCAAACACUGAGUUACUGCCAGCACAAAUACCUUGUAGCUCCACCUGGCUGGUGUACAGUUAGAGACUGUAGCUUAUCUGUUAAAUGCUUUUUUGUGUCUACACAGUUUCUGACCACAGAUCUGCUCUUGGCUGGAUAGUUGGGUGGUGGUCCACUCUCAGUCUAGCAGUGACACUGAUGAAUGUGAAAACUUGUCCCAGCACCACACACACUACCAUGUCAAUGUCACUGCUAUGCUGAGAAUGAUCCACUACCCAAAUAAUAUCUGGACAGCAGUGGUCCUGGGGUCAAAAACUGACCAACAAUGAAUGGGAAUGGGAUGAGAGAGAGAGGAGAAAAUCAAGCUCCACUCUUGCUUAACAUCUGAAAAACUGUGCAUGACAACAGGGAUGCUAUAGUUUGUAACUGUCCACCUAUAUAGGGAUCCAACAAGGUAAGGGAAGCUUAUAAAAUGGCCAAUGAAUGUUCCUAAUAAAGUGGCCCAUAAGUAGAAGUAUUCUCACUGGUCACUUUAUUAGGUACAGUCCUGUGCAAAACUGAGACAGCACCAUAAACUUUAUUUAAUUUCCAGUCAAAAUGACCAAUAAAUACAGGAUAUUUAUUUUCAGCAUCAGGAAAUAUGUAUUUAACAGGAAAUUACACAGAAGCCCCAACAACUAAAUCUAAUAUCACAUUUGUAUGUAUUUUGUGUUUGUCCACUCUUUGCCUUUAUUACAGCUUCGGUUGUUUAAAUGAAAAGUUUUGGAAACUCCUGUUUUUCACUUAUUGUCCUGUGACUUUCUCCUUCCUUAUGCAAGUGGAUUAUUUUAUAUCGAAUCUCUUCAGAAAUAUCUCCUGAAAAAUGAAUGACUUCUUCUUAAUGGCCAAUUUGACUUGAAGAUUAAUAAAUGAAAGGUGGUCUUUGACUUUUGCAAGGUAAUAAAGUAGCCAGUAGGUAUACAAUAUAUUUACCAAACUGUAAAUCAUUAAGGUUAUUAAUCACAGCAAGCUAGAUGUAAAUGUUUCCACCUACCCUUCGCAUUCCUUUAAUAUUGACAUUAGCUUUUAUAAGUGCUACUUUACACUCAUGAACGCACACCCGUGUCAUGUAGAGCUGUAAUUCGAUUGGCCUGCUAUCAUUUUCCCAUGGCCUUGAUCUGAUUUGGAGUGUGUGUUGGCAGUUUUGCAGAGUGUGGCAAAUGACUUUUACAUACACACACACCAUUUUCUGUAGAAGCCCACAGUCAUCCUGUGCUUCGCUGUAACAGAAUGUUCUGUGUGUGUGCAUCAGCCCCUGCUGCUGUUCCACUGUUCCCCUCACGCUGUCCACACAACAAUCUGACUUGCCACAUCGCAUCACACACUGGUCCAAGUAACAAACUCCAGAAAAUUAGUCUGGCCGUUCACUUCAUCUUCAUGCACUGUUCUGAGGAUCCAGAAAGCACAACAGUGCGUGAAAGAAACAAAAACAAUGUAGACAUUUUCUCUGAUUAUGAGAAAUGUUUUAGAGAAUUGGAUAUGUGUUUCAGAAACUCUACACUUGACUUGGACUGAGCGACUGGAGCUUGUAAUGAGCCCAACAGGACCUGAUUGCUCAUGUUUGGUUUGGUUGGCAGAGAUGAAGACCAGUGGGGUCACUGACCUGGGGCCUCUGACUCUCAUAGGCAUCAGACCACAAAUAGCUCAAAUACUUGGGACAGUCUCCUGCAGAUACAAACAUUAGAUUAACAAACAGCUAUUGAAUGUCUGUUGAAGAAACUAAAUAAUUAUAAGAAUUGAAGAAGUUUUAUCUGCUGUCAGCCCAGUUUUAUAUUAUCGACUCAUGGGGUUUCUGUUGUUGCACUUUAAAUGAGAUGUUUCAGAUGGUGCAGUGAUAGUGGUGAUAGUGUUUACACUUUCAUGUGCGCAGUAUCAUUGCAUAUUGCAUUAUCAGUUUGGCCUUAAAGAAAAUGGGAAGAAAUCAUGAUCACCAACAAUUCCUGUUGCUCAGUAAAGUCACAUACAUACAUUAUCUCCCACUCAUUGCUCGCUAGCAGCUCAACAUUCACAACAUUUCACACAGAGAAAAAGGUGUCCUUGUUAGUCUGAUAACAGAAUUAAAAAUAAUUAAUAUAUAAAUAAAAAUUAAGUUGAAUUAAUUGGGAGAUGGCCACUAGGAAGCCUGCAGAAAAAGUUUAAUGAAUAAAUGUUUUUGUUAUGUGUUAUUGUUUAUAGUUUGGGGGGCCUCUGAUGAUCUCUUCCUGUUGGAGAUGUGGGAAAUAAACUGCGCAUUAUGGAAGGUUUGUGCAGAUUAAAAAUGUUGGGAUGUUGUUAGAAAGCAUUGCCUAAAUAAAUAAUUUUUUAAAGCAGAAUUUAACUGUAAUUUUAGACAGUUGAUUUUUUAUUUAUCACAUUGUUAUUUUUUCUAUGGUGGCUAUUAGUUAUCGGUGCUAUGUGGAAGUUUAAUAGCGUAGUCUGGUCAGGUUUUAUUUGGCACUUUGGCUGACGAUGGGCCGAAUUGGGUUCCGGAGACUCUGGUCAGUUUGUGACUCAAAACUUGAUGAUGGAUCAGGUUGGGUUAGGUUUGCAAGUUUGUCAGUUUCAGGUUGAGUUUAAAACCUAAUAGAUGUUCAUGGCAAGUUGGGAUUAAUCUGAAAGUUCUUGGGCUGUAUUUGUGUGUGGACCAACAAUGACUGAUUACUGAGGACAAUAAUUUCCCUAAGUUAUAGCCCAGACUGCUUUUGCAACAACAAGAGGUCAUUUAAGGCCUCAUAUUCUGCAUUUUCUUUGGUCCAUUUAUGAUGUUUGUGUGGUUUUGUGUACCCAAAACAGUCAUAAGCCAUUUUUCCAUGACCGUUUACCAACCUCUCUUUAUCCCUCAAAAUGAAACAGGCUGCUUUUGCUACUGUGUCUUUAGGACUGAUAUAUGUAAAUGGGCUCUGUUCUGAUUAGUUGCCAUUUUGUGACUCAUUCAAAAAGCAGUCCAGGCUGAAACACUCGUUAGAACUUUAACAUAAGUGAGAGGAACUAAACUGCUAUAGGCUGAAUAGCCAGAUAUGUGUAAUUGCAAUGGUUUUCAUGACCUCUGUGGGUUGUUUUAGCAGCUUAGUUGCCUUAUGUGGACUGUAUAGAGUUGGAAGUGAAUGAUAAGUUUUAAAUAAACAAUGUUUAAGUACUACAUCAAACCUUUUUGUUUUAAACUGGUGAGGAAAAUUCAGUUUCUGUGAAAUAGGCCCCUCAAAACACUCUCAUAAUAGAAGACAAUGGAAAGCUUCCAGCAUCUGCCCACUGAUUUCUACUAUGAGUAUUUUUUGAAUUAACUGGUUUUCUGUUCUGGUUUUCUCAAAACUAUUGCACAAGAUAAUAGACCAUAUGCAACAGAUUCAGCAGAUAAGGAUUUGAACAACACUGAACUAUUACUUUAACUGAAGUCUCUUCAGGCCCUCAAUAGCUGUAAAAUAAGCAAACAGUGAGUGGAAAGUCAUGUGAAGUUUGCAGGUUUGGAUUGAGGACAUGAAUGGUGCAAAAAGGAAGUUUUAAACUUCAGUAUGAACAUAAAAAAUAAAACAUCUGGCUACAAAAGACUUUGUGAGGUGUGGUGGAUUGGCACGACGCAGAGAGAGUGAAUAUUGUGUUAAUGAAAGAGGCAUUACAGCGUCUGGGAGGAAGGCUGCUUUAAGAAAGCAGAAAAAACAUUGAAGGAAACGUGUAAAUGUGGUCAGUCACGUCCCUCCGUCAUUCAAUCAAAACGCUCAGAGGCCCACUGCCUCCACACCCAGCUCAGAGUAAGCUUUUAUUUUGACUUGAUUGCAGGCGAUGCCCACAGCAUUCCAAACACACACAAAGUACACGUAAAGUCUGGACACAUCUACUCAUUUUCUUUAUUGAUACCGUUUUCCACAUUUUUGAGUAAUGAUGAAGACAUCAGAAGUAUUCAGUGA